GGCGAGCCCGGCCCCGGCCCCGGCCCCUGGGAGCCGCCGCUUCGUCUCCGUGGCUGUCCCAAUUAAUGGAUUCUGACAUGGAUUAUGAGAGGCCAAACGUAGAAACUAUCAAGUGCGUUGUGGUCGGGGACAACGCGGUGGGCAAAACGCGGCUCAUCUGUGCCCGCGCCUGCAACGCCACCUUGACCCAGUACCAGCUCCUCGCCACCCACGUGCCCACGGUCUGGGCCAUCGACCAGUACCGCGUUUGCCAGGAGGUGCUGGAACGCUCCCGGGACGUGGUAGAUGAUGUUAGUGUGUCCCUGCGGCUCUGGGACACCUUUGGAGACCACCACAAGGACCGCCGCUUCGCCUACGGGAGGUCGGACGUCGUGGUCUUGUGCUUCUCCAUCGCCAACCCCAACUCCCUGCACCAUGUGAAGACCAUGUGGUACCCGGAGAUCAAGCACUUCUGUCCUCGUGCCCCGGUCAUCCUGGUGGGCUGCCAGCUUGACCUGCGCUAUGCCGACCUGGAGGCCGUGAACAGGGCCCGGCGGCCCCUGGCCAGGCCCAUCAAACCCAAUGAGAUCCUGCCCCCAGAGAAGGGGAGGGAGGUGGCCAAGGAGCUGGGGAUCCCCUACUACGAGACCAGCGUGGUGGCCCAGUUUGGCAUCAAGGACGUCUUUGACAACGCCAUCCGCGCCGCGCUCAUCUCUCGUCGGCACCUGCAGUUCUGGAAGUCCCACCUCCGCAACGUGCAGCGGCCCCUGCUGCAAGCCCCCUUCCUGCCCCCCAAGCCUCCUCCACCCAUCAUCAUCGUCCCAGACCCUCCUUCCAACAACGAGGAGCACCCGGCCCACCUCCUGGAGGACCCUCUGUGCGCAGAUGUCAUCCUGGUGCUGCAAGAGAAGAUCAAAAUCUACGCACACAAGAUCUACCUCUCCACCUCCUCCUCCAAGUUUUACGACCUGUUCCUCAUGGACCUGAGCGAGGAGGACCAGCAGAGCGUGGCAGGGCACAGCUUUGGGAGCGCCGCCGCCGCGGCCGCCGAGCGGGUGCUGCACCAGGAGGAGAGGCACCACGCGCGGGAUUUCCUCCUCCGCGCUGCUAGCUUUGACAUCUGUGAGAGUGCCGAGGAGGCCGGCUCCGGCCAGCGACAACCGUGCCUUAGAGCCUCCACCAGUGACGGCAUCCUGCGGGGCAACAGGUAUGAGAACGGGGAGUGUGGGCUGCGCCGGGGAAGGGACCUCUCCUCUUGGAGCCGGGCCUUCAUGAGCAUCCAGGAGGAGAUGGCGGAAGACCCCCUGACCUACAAGUCCAAGCUCAUGGUGGUGGUAAAGAUGGACGCUUCCAUCCAGCCGGGUCCCUUCCGCGCCGUGCUCAAGUACCUGUACACGGGGGAGCUGGACGAGAAGGAGCGGGACCUCAUGCACAUCGCUCACAUCGCUGAGCUGCUGGAGGUCUUCGACCUGCGCAUGAUGGUGGCCAACAUCCUCAACAACGAGGCGUUCAUGAACCAGGAGAUCACCAAAGCCUUCCACGUGCGGAGGACCAACCGGGUGAAGGAGUGCCUGGCCAAGGGGACCUUCUCCGACAUCACCUUCGUGCUGGACGACGGGGCCAUCAGCGCGCACAAGCCGCUGCUCAUCUCCAGCUGCGACUGGAUGGCGGCCAUGUUCGGCGGCCCCUUCGUGGAGAGCUCCACGAGCGAGGUGGCCCUGCCCCACACCAGCAAGAGCUGCAUGCGCGCCGUGCUCGAGUACCUGUACACGGGCCAGUUCAGCUCCAGCCCCGACCUGGACGACAUGAAGCUCAUCAUCCUGGCCAACCGCCUCUGCCUGCCGCACCUCGUGGCCCUCACUGAGCAGUACACAGUCACCGGGCUGAUGGAGGCGGCGCAGAUGAUGGUGGACAUCGACGGGGACGUGCUGGUGUUCCUGGAGCUGGCCCAGUUCCACUGCGCGUACCAGCUCGCUGACUGGUGCCUCCACCACAUCUGCACCAACUACAACAACGUGUGCCGCAAGUUCCCCCGCGACAUGAAGGCCAUGUCGGGAGAGAACCAGGAGUACUUCGAGAAGCACCGCUGGCCCCCCGUCUGGUACCUGAAGGAGGAGGACCACUACCAGCGAGCGCGCAAGGAGCGCGAGAAGGAAGACUACCUCCACCUCAAGCGGCAGCCCAAGCGGCGCUGGCUCUUCUGGAACGCGCCCGCCGCGGCCGGGCCCUCCGCGCCCGCCGCCUCCUCCUCCUCGUCCUCGUCGUCCUCCUCGUCGGCCGUGGUGUGA